CUGACACAGUCAUUAACUUCAAUAUAUUUUAACUUUUCUCUAUUGAACAUCACCCGCGAAUCUUCUCCAAUUUUCUCCCGCCCUACGAGGCCCGAGUGGGUGGUACCAAGGCGGAUACUCGGAACAUGGGCCGUUUUAAUCUCCUUUCUAAGUCCGAAAUAAGGCAUCGGAGUGUUUGAUUCGAGCAUAGCGCUGUCGUUAAGCAGCCGCCGAAGGAUUCAAUCAAUCAAAGGAACCGGUGAGUCUCUAACGCUUUGAAACUAGUUGAAUAGGGGAGGCUCUUUUUUCUUAAAGUCUCCGUGCAUCGUCGUUUUCUUUAGUCGACCGUCGUUCGUUCAGCAUUCAACCCAAUACACUCAUUCAUUUGCUGCGCAGUCACUCUUUAACAAUACUCACAAUGGCUCGGUCUCUUGCUCUUCUUGCUGGUGCCCUCGCCACUGUGGCGGCCCAGACAACCACCGUUGAAUUCCUCCUCCCCAUGUUCGAUCCUCAGCCUCUCGAUGGCUCUGUUGUUGCUGUGAAGGGCGGCGCGACUACUCUUGCUAUCCACUGCCCUGAUGCGAAGGCGACAAACUGCGGCCUUGCCGGCACCAGCACCAUUGUCGGUGGCCCCUCUACCAUUGAGUACUCUUACACCAUGCAUCCUGAGGUUGAUGGAUUCGAUGGCGGUGAAAUUAAGCAAAACAUGGGUUGCGUCCUGGACCCCAAGAAGGAUGUCGCUACCUGUUCCGUCCACCAAGUUGCAGUCCUCUCUGGUAUCACCGAUGUCACAUCCAUGACUGAUAGUGUGAGUGGCUACAAGUCGCUUCUCAUGCCCAUCACUGUUACCGCUGGCGUCAACAAGCUCAACGGCAACGACGAUGCUUCCGCUACCGAGGCCGCUGGCUCUGAGGCUACUUCUGCCGAUAAGCCCAAGGACACUGGUGCCAAGGCCACUGAUGCUGCCGACGCUACUACUGCUUCUUCUGAUGCUGCUGCCACUCCUGUGAGCUCCGACAAUGCCGCUGGUCCUAUGAUUACCCAGAAUGCCAUUCUGGCUGCGGCUGCUGUUGUUGGUGGUGCUGCUAUGUUGUUGUAGAUGUGAUCAUGUGGUUUGGACAAGGGGUUUGUAGUGAUGAUGCCUAAUUAAACAUUUAUUGGUUCGGGGCCAAA